UUCGUUAAAUUCUUACUUCCUGCCUGCGAUGUUACCUUCGAGUUGUUUUCUGUGGGAUUUAUCGCAAUAAAAGCAUCAUUAUUCACUUAAUCGAGAUGGAUUCCGGCACGGACUGGCUUUGCGAGAUCCUACGCAGCGUACAACUCGAGCAAUUUUAUUUAGCCAUUAGGGACCAACUACAGAUAACAAGAUUGGCCCAUUUUGACUAUGUCCAUGAGGAGGACCUUGAACGCAUUGGCAUAAGCAAGCCUGGCGUCCGCAGGCUUCUGCACGCAGUCAGAAAGAGAAACAGGCAAUUAUGGAGGCCUUUAUGGAACAAACUUGUUGGUUCAUUGAGUUCUAAGGAGAAAACAGAAAUAACAACUAGACCAAUAGUUCAAGCUGAGACAAGGACUAAUUGCAUCAUACUUGAGAAGGAUAUUGUGCUGCAAAAUGAAUUAGGAAAUGGAUCAUUUGGAGUUGUAAAACGGGGUGAAUGGAGAAUACCUGGAGAAGGACAUGUCAUUCCUGUUGCAGUCAAGGUUCUAAAGGCGGAUGCGUUCUCGCAGCCUGGAGUCUAUGAUGACUUUGGUAGAGAAGUGGAAGCUAUGUAUAGCUUGAGUCAUCCAAAUCUGAUUAAACUACAUGGUGUAGUAUUUCAGCCCCUCAUGAUGGUCUGUGAAUUAGCUCCAAUGGGUGCUCUGCUGGAUUAUAUCAGGGCCCAAAGUGGAAAAAUCUCACUGAACUACAUAUCAAGGUGGCAAAGCCAAGUAGCAGCUGGUAUGGCAUAUUUGGAGAAAAGUAGGUUUCUGCAUAGGGAUCUAGCUUGCAGAAAUAUAUUGCUAUCUAAUCUGGAAAUGGUUAAGAUCGGCGAUUUCGGUCUAAUGCGCGCCCUACCUGAUGCUAACGAUUGCUAUGUGAUGAGUGAGCGUCGCCGUGUACCUUUCCCGUGGUGUGCGCCAGAAUCGUUGCGCGAGCGACAGUUCUCUCACGCAUCGGAUGUUUGGAUGUUUGCUGUAGCCCUUUGGGAGAUGUACUCUUUUGGAGAGGAACCCUGGAUAGGAUUGAAUGGCAACGAGAUACUUCGGUUGAUAAUGCGUGAAGGUCAGCGCUUGACUGCGCCGAAUGCCUGCCCACCUGAUAUGUAUAUGCUGAUGAUGCAGUGUUGGGACCUUAGCCCUAAGGAGAGACCCACAUUUGUUGGUAUACAAAGGUACUUGGAGACCAAUAAGCUGGAAACUGCUACAUCUGUUCUUAGCUACAGAAAGCAAGGCCAAAUGACAAUAGAAGCAGGCGAUGCCAUCAUUCUCAUAGACAGAAGACCAGAACUACAUUGGUGGAAAGGACAGAAUCAAAGAACCCUGGAAGUUGGACUAUUCCCGAGCACCGUGGUGACCGUAGCGAAAAAUAAGAUCACCCACGCAACAAAGAAGACCCAAAUACUAUCGCCCGGCAGAAAACUUUCAGGUCCACCCCGACCAACAAGCUCUCCACCAACAUCAUGCCCCGUCAUGAACGGUUCUUUAGAUGACAGCCUAGUGUUGCGCCAGAGACGUACCAUAGAAUCGACGCAACCGACGUCCACGCGCGGCGGUAAUACCGGCAGCAAGCACUUUAACUAUAAUAAACUCGUCAAUGAGCGGGCUGCAAGAUACGCUCAAGGUAGAGGCCUCAAUCGAUCUGUAAAGGAAGAUCUGUUGAUCGACCUGGACCUCCCGCCAAGCACCAGGCCGGCGACCAUGAGUUCCGCCAGUAUGAGCAUCUCCAUUCUCGACGAGCCCAUCGAUGUACCUCAAAUUAUUCAAGAGUCGGACUGGGGCGAGCCGAAUUUCGAAAGUUUUCCAACAUAUCCAAACAACCAGAACAAGACAAAUCUCUACGGUGCUAAAUCCCUCGACAGCCUAGUUAUGAACUCCACCACAAUCGGGCAGAUGUCACUCCAACAUGAUCCCUUCGACACCUCGAAGUUGUGGCCCGUCGACAAACAAGGUCUUAGUCCUAGGUCAAAUUAUAGUAUACAAGUAGACUCUAGUACACCUCAACGCAACACAGAAUCUCAAUUAUACUCAAAUAAUAAAUAUGCCGCGUCUACUAGCGCAGACGCCACUCGAAUGUACAAUAAUGCGGCAAUAAGUAGUAAUAAUUCGGUGACGCCAAAUAAUUCUUCCAUAUAUAACACAACUUCCAACUCAUCGUAUACAAACACGAAUGCUCUCUCCAUGGAAAGAAAUAAAACUACAUACGAGCCGACGUUAGCUGGUACCCUAGCACAAAUGUCGCUGGACGAUAGAAUUUCCGAAUCAUUGAAUCUCAGGUCUAAAAACACAAACAAUGAUAAUAUUUACGCAAACAGUCCCAGUAAUUAUUCGAACAGCGAAGCGCCGAGCACCUCAACAACUCAGCCAAAUAAUCAUCGGUAUAAAGACAUCCCUAUUUACAACAAUUUUGAUUUGAACACUGUUGAGCAGCAAUUUAUAUUAGAAACAAAAGACUACUACACAAAGUCUUCGACUCCCUCGGAAACGAGAGCAAGGAACGACUACGAGAAGAACAUUUACGUCCCCAAGAACGAAGAAGGGGAAAAAUUAAAGAAUUUUAGUGAAUCUCUAGAGAAUUCUAAGAAUUAUUCCGCAAUAAAGUAUCAGAAUGUUGAUUACGGUCAAUAUUUCUACGCAAGUAGUUUUGGGUCGGUGGCGGGAUCAAUGUCGCGACCUGAGGAUCAAUACGAUAUAGUUAAUGAUACUGCCAGUAAUUUUUAUAGCGAAAUUGGAGAGUCUAGUCAAAGAAUAUACGGUAACCAGGCGCAGUAUAGUUUGUAUGACGAAGUAUUCGAAGCACCAACGCCUCGUCCACACCGACCUGCACCGCCCUGUCCAAAACCUAAAUAAAUAGAUAUGGAUUACAUGAAUAAUUAUAAUUUUAACAAGAUUUACUUUGACCACCUAACCAGAAAAAAAAUUAAACAUUGCUUUUAAUGCGAAAUUAUUGUAUUAUCAAAACUAUCAUACUAUACCAACCCAAUUCCAAAUCUUAGAAAAUUAUUUAAAAAUUCGCAUGUAAAAUUAUGUGCAAGUUCUCGUUUGGUAGGUAUCAUUGCGCUAUUAUGAAUACCCAAUUACAAUAUAAAUAAUGAUCUUACUUUGUAAAGUAAAAAUAUGUUAUUUAAAAAAAAAGAAUUGAACUGUCAGUAUUAGACUUGAAGGCUACUGUCAAUAUGAUGAUUACUUUGGUGCCAUUAUGUUAAGAUAUUAAUGGAUGAGUGGAUUUUUAUUUUAAAACUACCCAAUUAUGAGAAACGAGGCACUUUUUAUUUAUGAUCAAACUUACAGACGCUUGAUUAUUAUCAAUAGUUACAGGUUUCAUACCACAGCAGUGGCCACGGAGAGUAGUAGAUAUAUAAUACGAUAAUUGAUACCGUAGUAAAAAAACCUGUAACCAAAUAUGAAAGUCUUACAAUUUAGUAGCUAACAUUGUCUCGCUUACCGCGUUAAGGCGAACGAUAGCAGCACGGCAUUAUAAUUUCCAAUUUAAACCACUGUUUGUACUAAAAAAAGACAAACUAAAAGUUAGUAGUAACUUUGAGACAAUGUCACUGUCAUCGUUCUGAUUUUCGUUAAACGUAUUUACUUUCGUGUUCUUUGAAUUUUAUAUUCAGGAUUUUACUUCUUAAAUGAUAUUAUCUACGUCCUUUUAUUAGUAAUCUAAUUUUCGUUCUUUUUUUUCUUUUAGUUUUAAGGCUUUUAAUUUUUAGUAUUUUUACUUUACAGACGAAUAAUUGAGAGAAGAAUUGAUUAUUUGUGUAGUUUGUUUUUGUAAUUUUUGGUGUCUGUUACUUUUACAGUUGUAGCUUAUAUUUAUUUCUUGUGUUUUGUUUUCACAUUCGGACAAGCAUCACACGGUGUCUCGCCGUAAAGUACCUGUUAGAUUAAUUCUCGAACUAUUGGUAGAUAUGAUAAUUUGUAUUGUUUGUGGGUGAGGCUUGUGCAGUAUAGUCUAAUGCAGCGCUUAGUCAUGUUGCCACAUGAGUUAUUCUGAAACACCUGAAACCGUUUGAAUUAAAUUCCUUGUGAACAAAUUCUUUAUUUUACCUUUUUUGACAACAAUUAUUAACUGCAAGAAGAAUGAAUUGCGGCCCAAGUAAAAAGUUAUAUAGUAUGAGACUCUUUAAACGUGGUUUCUGGGACAUUUGGUUGAGGUUAGCACAAACGCAACCGUUGACUCAAAGCAGAGACGAGCAUUGAAAUGUCACAUAAAUAUUCAAUAUACAUGCUCUGUAUUGAGACGGCCAGUUAGUUAGCCUUUGGCUAAGGAGGCGCUCUAUAGUCAUCAAUUUUUUUUGCCAUGGUGUUCAAAUAACAAAUAAUAAUUUCCCCACAUUUAGUAGUAUAACUGCUAAAUGGGCAAUGCUAUAAUAUAUAAUAUAAUAUAAUUCAGCGGAUCAGUCUGCGCAUUACGUAGCGUUAUUCGUAUGCUGC